AUGUUUCCCGGGAGUUUAUUCUUCACGAUUUUACUCAUUUCUCAGAUUAAAGCUUUAAAAAUAAGUGAAUCUCACUACCUCUCUGCCCGCUUUUCCAGGCAGUUCAUAGCCUCAGAUUACAGUGAGACAUACUACUCCACAAAAGGAGAGCAGAUAGUCACCAAGCAUCCUCAGAUCACGGAUCACUGUUUUUACCAAGGAUCCAUCAUACAUGAAUUUGAUUCUGCUGCCAGUAUCAGCACAUGUAAUGGUCUGAGGGGGUUCUUCAGGGUGAGUGACCAAAGGUACCUCAUUGAACCAGUGAAAUAUUCAGAUGAAGGAGAACAUCUGGUGUUCAAAUAUAAACCUCAGGUGCAGCAACCUGCCAAUUAUUCUUGUACAGAGUUCAAUUUUACCAGGACAGCUGUUCCAAAUGACAAUACUAAAUCCAUGGAAGACUCCAAAAUGGAAGGUAUGGAAAAAGAAAAGUAUAUUGAACUGUUCAUUGUUGCUGAUGAUAACAUGUAUCACAGGAAUAAUCACCCUAACAAACUGAGGAAUCAAGUUUGGGGAAUGGCCAAUUUUGUCAACAUGAUUUAUAAAACCUUGGACAUUCAAGUGACAUUAGUUGGCCUUGAAAUAUGGACAAAUGGAGACAAAAUAGGUAUAGAUUCUAAAACAGAAACUACCUUAUUACGUUUUUCGGCUUGGCAAGAAAUAAUCCUUAAAAAAUGGAAGAAUUUUGAUCAUGUUACGUUACUCAGUGGAAAGUGGCUCUAUGCACAUGCACAAGGAACUUCCUAUCCAGGGGGUAUAUGCCUGCCCUAUUAUUCCUCCAGUGUCAUUAAGAUGGGCUGUGAUCUUUUACCUGACCUAAAUGCAAUUGCAAGCAAAAUGGCACAUCAGUUGGGGCAUAACCUUGGGAUGCGGCAUGAUGAUUACCCAUGUACCUGUACUUUGGGAAAAUGCGUGAUGGAUAGUGAUGGAAGCAUUCCUGCACUAAAAUUCAGUAAAUGCAGCAAAACCCAGCACCAGCAAUAUCUCAAGGAUUAUAAGCCGAUGUGCAUGUUCAAUAUUCCAUUUUCUUAUAAGUUAAGUGAUUAUCCAUAUGGUGGAAACAAGAGGUUGGAUGAUGGAGAAGAGUGUGAUUGUGGCCCUGUUCAGGAGCGCACUAAUCCUUGUUGUGAUGCACACAAAUGUAUGUUGAAGCCAGGAUUUCGUUGUGCAGAAGGAGAAUGCUGUGAAUCUUGUCAGUUGAAAAAAGCAGCGUCUAUAUGCAGACCAGCAAAAGAUGAGUGUGAUUUUCCUGAGAUGUGUACUGGCCACUCUUCCGGGUGUCCUAAGGACCAAUUCCAAAUAAAUGGAUUUCCUUGCAAGAAUGCAAAAGGCUACUGCUUCAUGGGGAAUUGUCCCACCCAGGAUGAUCAGUGCUCUGAAUUGUUUGAUAAAGAGGCAAAAGACAGUUCUGAUAUCUGCUACAAGAUGAAUAAAAUUGGAAAUAAAUUUGGAUACUGCAAAAACAAGAAACACGUAUUAUUUCCUUGUGAAGAAAAAGAUAUCAAAUGUGGAAAGAUAUGCUGCACAGGUGGGCAGCAUUCUUCUGUCCUUGGAGAAGAAAAGAUCUAUCACCUUAAGAAGCCUCUGAGGCAAAAUGCCACUGAAUGCAAAACUUUUUUUUUAUACCACGAUUCUAAGGAUUUUGGCCUGGUUGCUCCUGGAACAAAAUGUGGAGAUGGACUGGCGUGCAGCAAGGGUGAAUGUGUGACUACUGCACAGGCCUACAAUUCAACCGACUGCUCCUCUCAGCGCAAUGAAAAUUCUGUGGAUGACGGUGAACUUGAGUGCCAGUGUGAGGCAGUACAGGCAUCUGCGGAAUGGGAGGAAACCUUAAAUGUCACCAAUAUCUCCACCCUGGUGGUUGUGCUCAUCCUGGUUAUUACUGGUGCUGUGGUUGUCAUAGUAUUAAUUCGUUACAAAAAAUGUAUUAAGUUGAAGCAAGUUCAAAGCCCACCGAGAGAAACCCUAGGAGUGGAGAAUAAAGGAUACUUUGGUGAUGAGCAGCAGACAAGGACUGAGUCCAUCUUACCUGAUAGUCACCCCCUACAUGUCACACAGAACACUUCUUAUUCAGAACUGGACGCCAAAAUCACCAAGAUUCUCAACUACAUCUCUGUAAAUUCGGCAAUUCUCAUUACGCAUCGUUCAAUGGCUAGACGGGUGUGA